AUGCGGCCAACCCUACUGCAGGGCCACGAACGUGCCCUCGCACAAAUCAAAUACAACCGCGACGGCGACCUCCUCUUCUCCGUCGCCAAAGACAAGCACAUUUGCGCCUGGUACACCUCCAACGGCGAGCGACUCGGCACCUACCACGGCCACCAGGGCGCAAUCUGGACCGUCGACAUCUCCCCCGACUCGCGCCUCCUCGCCAGCGGCUCCGCCGACAACACCAUAAAACUCUGGAACGUCUUGACUGGCGAAUGCGUCAAGACCUGGGAGUUCCCCACCGCCGUCAAAAGAGUCGAGUUCUCGGAAGACGGGAAGCAACUCCUCGCUGUCACAGAAAAGCGCAUGGGUUUCCUCGGCACAAUUGUUGUCUACGAUAUCCGCUACGGCGAGGAUCUCCACGAUCAGACGGAUGAGCACACCAUCAAGAUCACCUGCGAAGACAGCAAAGCCACCGUUGCGGGCUGGUCAUACCUCGACAAGUACAUCAUCUCCGCACACGAAGACGGCACCGUCACACAAUGGGACGCCAAGACAGGAGAGUACAACUUCAGCACCGAAGCCCACGAAUUCGACACACCCAUCGUCGAUAUCCAGUUCUCGCCCGAUCGGAUAUAUUUCAUCACCGCUGGACGAGACAAGACCGCCCGCCUCAUCUCCACCCGCGACCUUGCAGUCCUCAAGACCUACCCUGCCGACACACCCCUCAACAGUGCCGCGAUCACACCCAAGAAGGACUUUGUGAUUCUGGGAGGUGGUCAAGAUGCUUCAAAAGUCACAACGACGGAUUCGAGACAAGGAAAAUUCGAGGCAAGGUUCUACACAAGAUCUUCGAGGACGAGAUCGGGCGUGUGA